GCCGCAGGUGCCCGCGCCGCCGCAGUGCGUAGAGCCCGCGCCACCCGUCGCCGCGCAGCCCCGGGCCCGCCAUGGGGAGCGUGCCGUCCGCCGUGAAGCACUGCCUCAGCCACCAGCAGCUGCUCCGGGAGCACCUCUGGAUCGGGGACGCGGCGGCAGGGGCGGUCGACCCCGCGCAGGAAUCAUCCCAGUUAUCUGGCCUCCCCGAUUAUGUUAAAAUAGUAGAAGUUGGACCAAGGGAUGGAUUGCAGAAUGAAAAGGUUAUAGUUCCUACAGAAAUAAAAAUUGAAUUUAUCAAUCAACUUUCCCAAACUGGCUUGUCUGUAAUAGAAGUGACCAGCUUCGUGUCUUCCAGAUGGGUACCACAGAUGGCUGAUCACACUGAAGUGAUGAAAGGCAUUCAUCAGUAUCCAGGAGUUCGAUAUCCUGUCCUUACUCCUAAUCUUCUGGGUUUCCACCGUGCUGUUGCUGCUGGAGCCUCUGAGGUAUCAGUUUUUGGUGCUGCAUCUGAAUCCUUUAGCAAGAAGAAUAUUAACUGUUCUAUUGAAGAAAGUUUGGAGAAAUUUGAGGAGGUGGUUAAGUCUGCAAGGCACAUGAAUAUUCCAGCACGAGGGUAUGUGUCUUGUGCUCUGGGCUGUCCAUAUGAAGGAAGCAUCACACCACAGAAAGUGACAGAGGUCUCUAAGAGGCUGUAUGCCAUGGGCUGUUACGAGAUCUCCCUGGGAGACACAAUUGGAGUGGGAACUCCGGGAAGCAUGAAGAGAAUGUUGGAAAGUGUCAUGAAAGAAAUCCCACCAAGAGCUCUUGCUGUUCACUGCCACGACACAUAUGGGCAGGCCCUGGCAAACAUCCUUACGGCCCUUCAGAUGGGGAUUAACGUGGUGGACUCUGCAGUAUCCGGAUUAGGUGGUUGUCCUUAUGCAAAGGGCGCUUCUGGGAAUGUAGCCACUGAAGAUUUGAUAUAUAUGCUUAAUGGCCUGGGGCUCAAUACAGGUGUGAAUCUUUACAAAGUGAUGGAAGCUGGUAACUUUAUUUGUAAAGCUGUCAAUAAAACCACAAACUCUAAAGUAGCACAAGCCUCCUUCAAUGCUUGACUUGAAUGAAUUUGUGACUUAAAGCUGAGAAGAUCCAUUUCAGCUACAGAUAUUCAUCUGAAGAUCAUUAUUGUCAACUUAUUCUGAAAUGUGAAAUAAUAGACAAAAGUGGGAAAAAAUAUUCUUUCAAAGAGAAUAUUGCUUGGUAGAUUACAAAGGGACAGAAAACAAUACCAGUCAUCAGUUAAAUUGAAAGCUGGGGCUAAAUAAUAACUUGCAGACAUGCUCUUGAACUUGGAGAAAAGCCUUCUUUUGCUCUUAUAGAAAGAACUUUUUAAUUUAGUAGAUGUGAAAAUUGACUUCAGAUUUCUCUAAGUAUCAAAUAUUGUGUUAAUACUUAAUCAAGCUGGCUUAGCACAGUGUACAUAUUGUCAGUAGUUUAUGAGCUCCUGCAUCGUGUGCAAAGUGUGUGGCCUCGAUAUUAUAUAUGCCUCUGGAUCUCAACUUCCCAUUUGCCAAGUCAGUUACAUUAUGAACCAAGCGCCAAAUCUCCAUCUGACCCUACAUAAUUUUUAGCAAUAGAACAUUUAUAUUUCAAGUAUGGCUAACAUCUGUUAACUAUUUCAAUGACUUUAUCUUGUUCCAAGAGGCUGUGGUCAAUGGCAAGAUGCCAUAUCCUGGAAGCAUAUUACGACCUCCCAUGUUUGUUACAUGCAUCCAGUUUACCAUACUUCUCUUUCAUCGGUUAUAGUAAAAACCAGCAUGGUGUUACCCAACUACUGGGAAAUGUAAGGUACACCUGUAGUACCAAUGUCUAAGUUGCAAUGAUAAGAACAGAUUGAUACAUGUACCACGAUCCACUUUCAGAAUUUUCAGACCACUUCUAAAAUGCCCAAGGAAAUGUCAUUGUGAUCCUAACAAUAGUAAGGCAGCUUUUAACUCAUGAAAAAAAAAAAACUAUUUGCCUUUGAUUCAGGGUAUUUUGAUUAAGUUGCAUCACUUUUUGGUUGGCUUUUUAUGGUUAUUUUUAAUGUUGAAGUGGCUGAAAUUCUAUCUUUGUAACAGAAAGCAUUGCCAGAGUUAGCAAAAAUUAACAUAUCAGAGUUGAAAAGAGGGGCAGAAGGACUAUGUUAAGAAAAACAUUUCUCUAACCUGUGGAAAUCAUACAGGAGUGAUAUUAUUAUAUGUGCAUCUCAAUCAUCAGCUCUAUUUUUUAUGUAGACUUCUCCAAUAAUAUCGGGCAAUCUUUG